AUGUCAGCAACAAAAGGUUCAUCGGAUGAUCUUCGAUCUGAAUUCGAUCGACUUGAUGGAGAUAAAGAUGGUCAUAUAACUUUAGAAGAAUUUCGUGCAUAUUAUUCAAAAGCAAAUAAGGAUGAUACUGCUAUUAGCAAAGCAUUUACUGCUAUUGAUUCGGAUAAAGAUGGUCUCGUAACAUUUGAAGAAUUUCAACGAGCAUAUAAAGAUUAA